AUGGAACCCCUUGUGAUAUACGCCAUACUGGCGGGAAGCUUACUUCUGACCUUCGCUUUGAUUAGAAUUCUCAAAUCACUUGUUCAGUGGAAAGAUUCAGCUCGAGUUUUUGUCUUUCGUCAUUUGAUCUACCCUUCUGUUAUCUCUCGUCACUCACUUGCGGGCCCUUGGAGCCCCGCGGGAAUACUUACCCAUUUGACCUAUGCCACCAUUAAUAUUUUCCUCGCGUGCUACAAAAGUUCCUCGUUGGAAAUCAUUGGCCGCCGCGCUGGCGAUCUUUCGCUUAUCAAUAUGGCUUUUCCUGUGGUAGCUUUACAUCUAAGCUUUGCAGCUGAUCUUUUAGGCAUCUCGUUGCCCUUUUAUCGCAAAUUACAUCGAGUGUCGGGAUGGAUGACAGCGGCUUUAACAGUGCUCCAUAUGAGUGCUCAUGGCUUCCGUCUUGAUACUGAAUCUGCAGCAGACGAAUCAAAGGAACGACGCCUCUCUACCAUUGUUGCAGCUGGAUGCUUGGCAGCGCUGUUAUUAAUAUCGCUGCCAUUUGUCCGGAAGUUCUCCUACGAAGCCUUUCUCCGAUCUCAUCAAGGUCUCACGAUUGCCAGUAUAUAUGGUAUUUGGAGACACAUACCGAAAGUUGAGUUGCUUCCAUCAUUAUAUCUGAUUGUUGGGGUGGGCAUGCUUGCUGUCACCUCACUCUUAUAUAUUGCGAUGCUUCUGUAUCGUAAUGGAAUUUUCUCGGGGAACGGAUAUCCACGAGCCAGGUUCUUAAGUACCACGGAAUACAGUGAGCAAGAGAAAACCAAAGUAUCCCAUGAUAUCAACGAUGUCCCCUUGAAAAUUUCCUUGUUUUUACCGAGACCCGUCAAGGUGAGAGCUGGGCAGUACGUCAACGUGUGGCUCCCCGCAGUCAGCUUCUGGUCAUGGACACAGACGCACCCUUUCACGGUCAUAUCUUGGUCUCAAAGAAAACAAUCAGUCCUUGAGCUUUUGGUUCAACCUCAAAAAGGCUUGACCGGUACAAUUGGUCGGCAGCUACGAAAUACUGGCGCCUCGGGAUAUUCUUCCUUGGUUCUGUUCAGUGGACCUCAUGGCGUCAGCGAGCCAGUGGAUGAGUAUGAGAAUGUACUUCUCAUUUCGAGUGGCUCUGGGCUUGCUGCCGUUUUACCCUACGCUCGGAAGUUGAUCCAUGGAUACAACACAUGCACAUCGCGAGUCCGUCGAGUGCAUCUUCUUUGGCAAGUUGAUAAACGUGUAGAAAUUGCGAUUGCGGCACAGGAGCAGGUCAAUGAGCUCUUGAAAGAAGACUUGCCUGACAAUGGACAUGUAGGCUAUAAUGUAUCCAUGUUCAAGCAAAAGCUGACGACAAGCUAG